CAUAAAGCUGUGGGGACCAAUAGUGGAAUAAACCCAUGAGUCAUUCUUCAGUAUGAACAGGUAAAGGGGCUUUUAUUUUGAAAGGACUCACAGGAAACCACGUAGGGUGAUUUUGAUUGUUGUUUUUAUGAUCACUUCAGCCGCUGUCAGGAUGAUAUCCAGGUUGUCAGAUCGAAUGGAAGAGGAGGAGGAGGAAGAGGAGGAUGAAGAGCGUUGCGUUAACCCUACGGAGGUGAAAAUGAGUCAGAUAGUCAUGCCCUUCCACUGUAACCAUCGGCAGGAGCUGAGUGUGGGACAGCUGCUAAAAUGGAUGGACUCCACCGCCUGCCUCUCAGCUGAGAGACAUGCUGGAAGUCUGUGCGUCACGGCCUCUAUGGACGACAUCCACUUUGAGCACACCAUCAGCGUCGGUCAAGUGGUGAACAUCAGGGCGAAGGUCAACAGAGCUUUUAACUCCAGCAUGGAGGUGGGGAUCCAUGUGAGCUGUGAGGACCUGUUCUCCGAUCGCCACUGGAGGGUGUGCCAUGCCUACGCGACCUUUGUGACGCAGAGAACUAACACUGGACAAAAAGUCACUCUGAGAACCGUCGUACCUCAGACUCAGAAGGAGCAUGUGGAAUACAGCGUGGCAGCUGAGCGAAGACGAGUCCGGAUGAUUCACAACGACAUCAUCAAAGAACUGCUCUCCAGUGGGUCCGUAGAGCGAGCUGACAGCUCUGCCGUGAGCAGCGGCGUGGCAGCGGAGAAGACCAGGGUGGAGAGUGUUGAACUGGUUCUACCUCCACAUGCAAACCACCAGAUGAACACUUUUGGAGGACACAUCAUGGCCUGGAUGGUGAAUGUAGCAACGAUUGCUGCCAGUCGUUUCUGUCAGGCUCAUCCAACUCUUCGGACCAUCGACAUGUUCAACUUCAGAGGACCCUCUCAGGUUGGAGACCGGCUGCAGCUCAAGGCUAUCGUCAACAAUGCCUAUAAAAACAGCCUGGAGGUGGGGGUCCGUGCAGAAGCCUAUUUGGAAGAAGGUCUAAGCCGACACAUCAACUCUGCCUUCAUGAUCUUUGAGGUUCUUGACAGCAGUGGGAAGCCGUGUGCUCUUCCACGGAUACGACCAGAACCCCUGGAAGGUGAAAGAAGAUACCAAGAAGCUGUAGCCAGGAAGAAAAUCAGGCUGGACAGGAAGUACAUCGUCUCUCGUAAACAAAAUGAGGUUCCUCUGUCUGUCCCCUGGGAUCCCAGGAACCAGGUGUAUCUCAGCUAUAACAAUGUAUCCGCACUGAAGAUGCUGGCAGCUAGGAAGAACUGGCGCCUCAGCACAGAGAGAGAUAAGGUUCGUCUCUACACCCUGGAGCAAAAGUCCAUGUUGAGCAUCAGGGUGGAAGCAGAGGUGGAUGUUCCUGCUAACAGAGCCUUUUGUUUGCUCGCUGAGCUGAGCAACAGAACCAGCUGGGACACGCAUUAUAAGAAAUGUGAGCUGAUGCACCGGGUCGACGACGAUGACUUUAUUUACCGUGUGGUGACUCCAUCGGUCGGAUCCCAGACUUCCUCCAAUCCAGGAGAAACGGUUCAGCAGGAUUUCAUCCUCCUGGCCUCUAAGAGGAAGCCCUGCGGCGAUGGAGAUCCGUAUGUCAUCGCUCUGCGCUCGGUGUCCCUGGUCUCCCAUCCGCCCUUAGAAGGAUAUAACAGAGGAGAGGUUCUGUGUGCUGGAUUUACUAUACUGGAAACCAGUAACAACAUGUCAUUGAUCAGUUACUAUAACCAGGCAUCUCCAGAGGUGCUUCCCUACAUCUCCACAGAUAUCGCCGGUCUGUCCUCGUCUUUCUACCACACCUUCUGCUCCUGCAGCCGGUACCUGAGCAGAAACAGACAGGAGCCCGAGGAGCUGACAGGCGAAUAUGAAGCCACGGAAACCAACGGCGCCACCUCUCCGCUGUCAGAGGCACUGCGCAACACGCAGCUGUAGGAAACCCUCAGACCUUCAUGGCCAGUUCAUACCUGUGCUGCUAAACACCUGGUACAGAAUCAAUCAAUGCUGCUUUAGGUCUUUUCUCUUAGCAGCUAAAUUUACUCUGAAGAGUUUAAAAUAUUUCGCAUAAAAUCACUAAAACAUGAAGGCGGGACUUAGGAUGAUCCGUCACAUCAGCUCUUCCAGCCUUUUAACACAAAAUGCUUCAAGGUAUUUAUAACAUUCUGAGCCAUUUGACUUUGUGGGAAAUUGAUUUUGUUCUUUUACACUUUUUUGUAUUAAGAAUAUGUCUGAUAAAUAACUUUAAAGCUUUAAGGGUAGAGGAUAUUUUACUAUAAAUAUUCUGUCGCUUUAAAAUGAAAUGUAUUUUCUGGUGUAAUAUAUAUCAAUAAAAUCUGAAAA